AAUUUUCGGUUGGCACACCUCAUGUGACUCCGAACGUACAUGCAUUCCAUCAUGAUUGAAAAACGCCAAAAUCAGUAUUCCCUCAUCGUGCGAUGAGCAUGUUCUUCUCUUAUUCCCGAUACUCCGAUUGGAAGCCUUGCUUUUGAUUUCCAAUUGAUUAGUACAUACAUGGCACAUUGCCUGCAUGUUGUAUGGUGUAUGGGUGUUGCACCCUGGCCCGGUGCCCAAAGCAAAACUCGUUAGGUGAAAUUUUUUGUUACCGCCUACUUUUCGUGAAAUCGUUUUUAUCUACCUUCUUUUGUGUAGGAAAAACUUCAACUUCUAAUUAAAAAAACUCACCCUAGCAUGAUGAUGUAUCUUGGCCCAGCCGCCUGGCCAGCAUCGUCAGCUUGAUCUCUCAAGUACACCACUGUUUUUUGGAUAUUGAUACAUCGCGAUACAGUUAAAUCCGAUUUCAUGUACUUGAAUUACUUGUGCUAGAAGUCAUGUUUUUCAUUCCAGUAUACUACUAACCAAUGUAUGGAUAUCAUGUUGUGUUCCAGAACGUAGCAAGCAACGGACGUUUAAUCGUACGCUGGACUUCCUUUGGGCAGCUACAUUGGAAACCCAACAGAUCUUGGAUAAAUCGUUCAAACUCUCGAGUUCUGCAUCUCCAUGUCUUGCGCAAGUGACAAUUCAAAUUAAACAGAAGGCUAUACUCU